AUGAACUUUCUAAGGACACAAUUAUUCGGAACUAGCUCGCGUCUAUUCAAGUCACAAGUCAGAGCCAUGCAUAUCCAAUCGAUUCCUAUGUGGACGGGGAAAGGCAACAACUAUGCCUACCUCGUAACGGAUGAAUCGACCAAGAAGUCGGUUAUUAUUGAUCCAGCCAAUCCUCCGGAGGUUGCGCCGGAACUCAAGUCUCAGAUUGAUUCUGGCAAGAUUGACCUGACGGCCAUUGUUAACACUCACCACCACUGGGAUCAUGCUGGCGGUAAUAAUGACAUUUUGAAACAAUUCAAGGGCCUUCAGGUCAUUGGUGGCAAGGACUGUGCAUCUGUCACGAAGAUUCCCGCGCAUGGCGAGGAAUUCAAGAUUGGAGAUCGUAUCUCAGUGAAGGCAUUGCACACUCCCUGUCAUACCCAGGACAGCGUCUGCUACUAUAUGCAAGAUGGAGACCAGCGUGUUGUCUUCACGGGCGAUACUCUCUUUAUUGGCGGAUGUGGCCGAUUCUUCGAAGGAAAUGCUAAGGAGAUGCACAAGGCUUUGAACGAGACCCUCGCGGCUCUGCCUGAUGACACCAAGGUUUAUCCCGGUCACGAGUAUACCAAGGCCAAUGUCAAGUUCUGCAUUGCAGUGUCGCAGUCAGAGCCUAUCAAGAAGCUCCAGGAAUUUGCGGAAAAGAACAAGGAGACACAAGGGAAAUUCACCAUCGGUGACGAGAAGCUCCACAAUGUGUUCAUGCGCGUCAAUGACCCCGAGAUCCAAAAGGUAACUGGCAAGACUGACCCCGUGGAUAACAAUGGAGGGGCGAGCGAUACGGAGGCUCAGAAUCACCUGGAGGUUGUGUUCUAUCCCGACUCGAACCACCGUCGCAAGUCCUCCCUUGUUACGAUGGACAAGCCGAGGGUCCAGCCUCACCCAGCUCAGGAUGACAGGACGACCGCCUGCUACGUCCACAACCUCAUUGCGAGCGAGUGGACCUCACCCCCCAAACACCUUAAAGAUGCAGAAGGCCCGGAAGAUGUGAUACAGACAUUGAGAGAGGAUGAGAGCCAAUCCGUGACAAAUACCAAAGGUAUCGAGCCAGAGGAACUGGUCUCAGUGGUCGGCCGUGACAGCAAACCGAUACCCACAAUCAUCGAAUCCCGGCAUCUUACAAAGAGACAGCUAUCAGAUAUGGCUUGGAACGUGCGCAAGCUAUCGAAGAAGCUGGGCAGUAUCAAGCUCAAGCUCACCGUGAAGAAUAUCUUCAUAGUAAGCAAGGCGCAGGACCAGUCGCUGGUAAGUCUGACUCGAAAGGUUACAAAGUGGUUACUAUCCACGGACCGUGACUCUCUAUACGUGGUCUACGUCGAGCGGCGCCUCGAGACGCACCCGGACUUCGGUGCGUUGCAACUAGUACAAGACGAGCCCUCUGCGGAGAGCCGGCUCAAGUACUGGGAUCCCAAGCUUGCUCAAGAACAACCACAUUUGUUUGACUUUGUGAUAACUCUUGGUGGAGACGGAACCGUUCUAUACACAAGCUGGCUGUUCCAGCGCAUCGUGCCCCCUGUACUCUCUUUUGCGCUGGGCUCACUGGGCUUCUUGACCAAUUUCGACUUUGCGGAUUAUCAGAAGAGCCUCGAUAAUGCAUUCCGAGAUGGCGUUUUUGUCAGCCUACGGCUACGGUUCGAAUGUACCAUCAUGCGCAGCAAAGCCCGGAUAAGAGACCCGCAUGCGCGCUCUCUAUCAGACCGUGACCUGGUAGAGGAACUGAUCGGAGAGGAAGGGGAGGACACAUUGACGCAUACCCCAGAUAAGGUGUAUGAGAUUCUCAACGAUGUAGUUCUCGACCGGGGGCCAAACCCAACCAUGUCUCAAAUUGAACUCUUCGGGGACGACGAGCACUUCACAACCCUACUCGCUGACGGAAUAUGCAUUGCUACCCCAACCGGAUCGACUGCUUACAACCUCGCCGCUGGCGGCUCUCUUUCGCACCCCGAAAACCCCGUUAUACUUGUCACCGCCAUCUGCGCUCACACGCUAUCCUUCCGACCAAUUAUUCUACCAGACACCAUUGUCUUGCGCAUGGGUGUGCCGUACGAUGCGCGCACGAGCUCAUGGGCUAGCUUUGAUGGACGCGAAAGAGUCGAGUUACAUCCUGGUGACUACGUUACUGUGUCGGCUUCGAGAUAUCCUUUUGCCAAUGUCUUGCCCCCCGGUGGACAGGGUGAGGGCUGGGUGCAUAGCAUCUCCAAGACUUUGAAUUGGAAUUCGCGACAAAAGCAGAAGAGCUUCAAGUAGCUGAAGUGGAGAAAACGCUUCUCCAGCAUGAUUUCUAGCUCUUUCUGGCUCUUUUUCUUCCUCUUCUAUGAGCAUAUUUGGUGUC